AUGCGCCACCUCCAUAGCUGGUUGUGUUCUCGUGUUAUUUGCGUCGGGAUCGCAUACAAUGCGGAUAAUGUUGAAAAUAUUAAUGUUGUGUCUGCAUUAACAAAAUAUGUAAAUUGUUUUGUGCCACUUCAUUAUCAUGAAUUAUGGUUUGAAAUAAUGCAUGAUUCUAAAGAUGUUGAGACUGAUUCAACAGAACGACAAACUAAAGUAAAUGUUCAUCGUUUUAUACGUCAAUCAACAAGUGAAGAUGAAGAUGAAGAAAAUAGUAUACCUACAACACUUAUUGUUGGUGAUCAUCAAACAUUAUUCACAGAUACGUUUAAACAUUUGAAUUCAAAACUAUCUCUAUUUGAUAUUGUUUUAAUAACAAUUAAUAAAAUCAAUUAUUUUGGAAUAAUUGUUCAUGUAAAACAGACUAAAGUUAAACGUGAUGAUAAUAAAGAUAAAAAAAUGAAAUAUGGAUUAACAACAAAUAAUAUUAAUGAUAACAAUGUAGCACAAAAUAUAAUAAAAGACAGAAAUCGUUUACGUGUUGAUUUACAUACUCGUCUUGUCAUUUAUGUAUCAAAAAAAUGUUCUGAUGAAUUAAACAAAUAUCAUUCAAAAGAUAAAGAAAUGAAAAUGUUUAAAUUAAGUAAUAUAACCUCAAGUAGAAGAAUGAUUAGUGCUAUAUAUAAUUUAACAUCAUUUCCACAAUAUAAAAGUUUACUUGCACCAAUGUUAAAUGAUGAAUAUUUUUGUAAAGCAGAAAUCGCAAAUGAUAGUGGACCAAAUAAUCAAAUUAUCGAUGGUUUUAAUAUUAAUCAAUCUCAAACAAUAAGAAUAGCAAACAAUAUGUUCGAGGAUAUACAAGAACGUAUGCAUAUAUUACAUGGACCACCAGGUAGGAAUCGAACUGAUUAUUGA